UGAUCCUCGUCGGUAUUGGACUUGAGGAUAUGGAUCUCGUUAUAUCGACGACGCAGUAUUUAUGGUCUUGCUUGGGCGAUAAUAUACUUCUUGGCUCUCCUUCAUCUUUCGAGCCUUCCGGCGGGCAAGGUUACGGUGAAGAAUCAGGAACAGCAAAGACAAAGGAAACACGCUAGGUAUGCCCAAACAAAGGCCUUCAGCUUGAGCCUCAGACAUAAGGAAGACAUACAGAAGACAUACAGUUGGUAGUGGAAGGGCCGAAUUGGGAUUUAUGACAUUGCCACGUUCCGGCGCGUCUUGAGCUUCGAACCUGCUUCAGUACACGCCUGUCCCGUCUCCCUUCCAGUACUUCACGAACAGCACCCCCUCACAGACAGUCACAGUCUUUUCCUCUGACGACGACAGUCCCGCUCUCUUGGACGUCUCCCAGCACUGUUCGCGACCGACAAACGCUAGGAGACACAAUGCAGCUAGGAGCGAAGGAAAGCAGCGAGGUACACGCUCUGAAUGCUACGAAAAACGAUACGCCAAGGCGUUCUUCGCCGCAGGUAUAUCUGGACCAAGACAUAAUGAGUGGAAGUAGUCGAGUUUUCGUGAGAAUGUCUGCAUCAGAUGCAUGGAUGCCUGCAUCAUUACAAAAUAACGCAAGCGAAAUAUCUACUGACACGUUGACCGACUCGGCUGACAAUGACUCCGGGCGUUUUCCCAAUGCCUUCACACCACUUCACCUUUCCGCCGAGCUUAAAGCUGGGAGCCUACCGCAUCUCGUUGCCCCAGAUGGAUCCAAUGAACAUCUCAAGGCACUCCCAGAAUGCACUAGCCCCGAAACUCUUAAACUGGCAUCAUCGAUAGCAGAAAUCAAGAUCGCCGACACGACUCUCUCCAGCAUUUAUACCCAGUCUGCUGCGAUACAUGCUUCAUCUGCUACAUGCCAAUCCAGUGUCUCCUGUAGGGCUGAAAAAUCUCCCGCUAAACAUUACGUUCAGCUGCCUAUCUUGUCGUCCUAUGCCGACGCGACCAAUUUUGCCGCUCGCUUUCCGGACCUAGCAUCCGAAGUCUUGUCGCGUCCCCUGAAAACAGCUGUGACCUCAGGCUUUGCAAACGUAGAAGUAUCCGCCAAAGAGACUAGGCAGCCGAAGAUGCCCGAGCACACUGCCGAUCGUCCCAACUGGGCUCUAGCACCAGAAGAGAUGCCUGAGUCGAACGAUAGCGCUAGACCAGGAAAUUCCAGUAUAGGACCUGACGCGAUGGACGUUGAAGCAACUGCCGAUAUCUGCCUCCCAAGGUCCAGACGGACAAAGGUUUCCGUUCGGGCGUCAGUGCCUGGUGACAUAGGAUCCAGCUCCUCCAAUCUGGAAUCUCUCGAGCAGUCGAGAAAUAAGCCGGGAGUUUCUGGUAGGCGAAACUCUCUCCGUCGAGGGCCUCAGACGAAGGAUACCGUUUCUCGUCGCCAGGCACCAAUGAUAAAGGCUGCGAAUUCUCACAUCCGUUUUGGUGGCAUGCGUGGUUUUGGUGAUAAGCAAGGAAACUCUACAGACCAUCCUUCGCACACUGCAUCCUUACCUGUUGAUUGGACAUCAAAUAUUUCUCCUGACACGUUACCAGAGGCUUCGAAUGCACCGAAACAUCUUGGCUGCGAAGAAGUAUGGCCUUCUUGUCGCACGUGGGACAUCAUUGAUGAUAGGUCUCCAAGGCCCAAAUUUGACAACGAAUGGGACAAUUCGUCGGUGGAGGCUUCCUUGGAUAGUACAAGAAAAAUAGUGGAAUUCCCUAACUCACAGCAGACGCCACAAAUCGAUAGGUGGAGCCGCCCGGUAGUGCAGGCUUCUUGGGACUACCCCUCAUUGGUGCGUCCAGAGGUGGCACUAAGACCACAAAACUCCUCGUACCGUCCAUUUGAGCCUUCCCAACAACCUCCAAUAGAGUCGGUGCAGAGUAGUGGUUCAAAACAGCCGCAGACACACCCACUUGUUGGAUGGAUGCCUCCCAGCGACAUCAAAGGCGGGAUUUCAUCGUGUCACCAUGCCGAACAUUCCAUAAGUCUCCAGUCUUGUCCGCAGUCUGAUUGUGCCAAUGAAUGUCAUACAUCUCUACCGUUGAGACGGAUAUUGCCUGGUGACGUUGGACAUGCUUCUACGGUUAUGGACAAUCAUCUCAACGAUAUUUCAAUCCUUACUUCCCCUCUAACUACACCAUCUGCCAGGAAGUCUUUUGUCAGAGAGACAAUCAUCAAAGCAGAGCAGCGGUCGGAGUCUCCUGUAGACGUUGUCAAGACUAGAUUGUUCACCCAGUCCGUCCCGCUCACUCCACGAAUGGUUUUGUUCGGAGCUGAUUCGUGGAAUUCGGCGGCACCAUAUGAAGUGCUUGGAACCAGUAGAGGAGAGAGAGGGGCGGCUCGGAAGGAGCCUUCCGUAUGGUACACUGCGCAGACUGAGAUGCCAAAGGUCACCCCAGUCACGAUUAAUAACAAAUUUCCUGUGAAAUCGGAAGGGAAUUCGACGCCACUUGACGACGUUGUCCCUCUUGCCGCAUGCCCCUCACCCACGCUCGGCGAUUCGGUAUACCAAUCAAGGGAGUCUCAUGUUAGUGCAACAACCCCCGCCACUAGAACUUUAAGGCGCGUACCAGAACCAGAAGUGGAGCCCCGUGUUGAUGAGACAAGGCGUCUCCACAUCCUUAAACCCAAAGAGCAAACCAUUCAGUCACGACCUGUUGCGUCGCGAUCUGAUUUGACGCCUAGCAAGGAAAAGAAACAGCAAUGCUCCCUAGAUAGCAACGAUCAAUCUCAAAUACCUCCAAACGCAUCACACGGCCCCGAGAAGCUCUUUGCUAUAUGUGAAUCCCCGGCAUAUCCGUCUGCUGCAGAAACGUCUGGUGAAGGAAAGGGCGAGGUCCAUGCCCGUGUUUCGUCACAGGUCAAAGGCUUCUCAGAAGAUCCGAAAGUACGUUGCAUCUCAGACGCAACAACUCCUACUCCUGAACGCCGUUCGGAAACGGAACAAGAUGGGUGUAAGCGUCCUAAGCAGCAUCCGGAUGGUUACGCUUGGAGGUCGGGCAGAUCUGUGUCUGACUGGAGGUGUGGACUUCUAGAUCAGUCCUCAUCCCAAAAGUAUGUUGCUCCGCCGGCUAGGCGUUUCUCGCCUUCUACACUUGGGGAGGGGCCUAGUCUCAAGAUUUCGGAACAAAGCAAGAUCUAUACAUUCAAGCUUCCGCCUAUUGCACCGGUUCCUGGAUCGACCUCCCAAGACGUCAACGCGGCUCCAGAAGCGCAGGUGAAACAGUCCGUAUCAGAAGUGGAGUGGGAGGUGACGCAGAAUACUGACGCCACGGAUGUCAGAAACAACAACACUUUCGCUGCAGAUGUAUCUGCACCAGAAAUAACCAAGCUUACGGCAGUAGGCCAGUCAUCACCGGAUGUACACGCAUCCUUGUUUUUUCACGGAAGUUCACCACUGUGCAACAUCGACAAUGCCAAUACGGAUUUGUCUGAAGGCAAUUGCUUCGAACCGUCGAAGUCCCCGCCCCUGUCACUUUCCGACUCAAAUUGUGUACUUGAACAGAAGACACCAUCCGGUGCUCCAUCGAAUGACAAGGUUGAAACGCCUGACCUGCUUCCUGCUUCACAAAACAGCUCCUCGGUUCUGAUGGCUUCCCGAUUAAUGGACCAGGAAAACAUGUUGGACUGUAUUCCUCCUCCUCCUCCUACACUUUGGCUUAGUAAUCGAGUACUGUCUUCUCCUCAUCUUUCACCGGAAGUGGUGGCUAAGCCACGGUGGUCUCCUCCUAGUGCGAGAAUAGCCUCAUCCAUUCAUGAACAUAUUUUAACACGUCAAGAUUCAAUCGAUGUUACAGAUCAUUCGCAUCACCUGUCGCAGCCUCCUUCCAGCAGCUCUAACCCUGACAUUUUUUCCGCUCAGAACCAAUCUCCGAUAGCCUUUGUACAUGACUCAGCAUGCACGCCUAUCCAGGGUUAUCUCCACGAAAUACCUAGCGUUCAUUCAAAGUUGCACCGCCAUCCCCCUUAUUGUCAUCCUGGACUAACGCAGGAUUUGGUUGGUUCAUCUAGAUGGAUCGCAUGUCCGAACUUGGAUGGUGACGCUCAGUACCUGAUUAACCAAAGAAGAGUCUUUGACAUCACCACCCCGUCUCCACAGAGCCAUCGUGAGGCUGGACAUCUUCCCCAAGGAGAGUCUCCACUUGUCAACUCUUCGCUGUCACAGCGUUCUGGUUUCAUGUCGGGAAUCUCCUCCCGGCCAAUUGCGCCUUCGGGUCUUGCAUUCCGUACUCAAUAUCCCGCUGGAUCAAAUGCCUCUUUUCUUUCUGGUUGAAGAUAACUCGUUAGUCUGCAGUAUCCGAUUUCAAACCGAAUGUAAAGGCUCCUUGUUGAUUACCUGACGAAAUAUUUCCAAAGCUACCACAGGUUGAAGAGCGGGCUAAAGCAAAGUGGGAAUCAGAAGCGCGUCGCGAAGAACGAAAGGUGUCAUACAACUUCAUGGCUUCAUAAACACGUCUUUACAAAUGUAACGUAAGCCAACUGGAA